GGCCCCUGCGCCUGCUCCUAGCCAUGGUGGCCUGGCGCACCGCUUUCCUCGUUUGCCUCGUUUUCUCCUUGGCCACCCUGGUCCAGAGAGAACUGGCUGAUUUAGAUGGCAAAGUCAAACAGAUAUGGACCUGGUACUAUUCCUUGAAAUUGCCAUGUAGCCCAAGACAGAAAUCUCCUGUUUUCUGCAGAAACAGAAACCACGGAUAUGGAGACUUGGAUGAUUUUAAUCUGGAGGAUGCACUGAAAGAAACUUCCUCAGUGAAGCAGAGAUGGGACCACUUCAGCACCACAACUAGAAGGCCAGGAACAACCAGAGCUCCAGCAAAUCCAGCAGGGAGAUGGGACCAUGUUGCCACAACCACAACUAGAAGGCCAGGAACAACUAGAGCACCACCAAAUCCUGUGGAACCAGAUGAUUUAAACUUGGCUGAUGCCUUGGAUGAUCAAAAUGUUAUAGAUGGCGGCAAAAAACCAAAUGUAGGAGAAGGAGGAGGUUUGUCAGACAAGGAUCUUGAGGACAUACUGGGAGGUGGGGAAUACAAACCUGAUAAGAAUAAAGGUGGUGGUGGUUAUGGCAGCAAUGAUGACCCUGGAUCUGGCAUGUCAACAGAAACUGGCACCAUUGCAGGUGUUGCCAGUGCCCUGGCGAUGGCCCUGAUUGGAGCUGUAUCCAGCUACAUCUCCUACCAGCAGAAGAAGUUUUGCUUCAGCAUUCAGCAUGCAGCAGAAGGGCAAGAGGGCCUCAAUGCAGACUACGUGAAGGGGGAGAACCUGGAAGCCGUUGUGUGUGAAGAACCCCAAGUGACAUACUCAAUACAAGAAACGCAGUCUGCAGAGCCUCCACCACCAGAGCCGCCCCGGAUCUGAGGCCCUGUUCAGUGGCAGGUUCACAGAAAGGGUACCACUGCUUGUGACCCAGCUCCAGAUUUCAUUUGCUGACCCUUCCCUCAAGUUUCUUCCCAUGCCACUGGCUUCUUAUUGUGCUGAGUUUUCUGGACAA